GACUCCUCUCCGUUGAUCGAUCCUCGAAGAAGAUGCCGAGCCGAUCGACGAGCAACCUGACGCAGGACUGGGAGCCGGUGGUGCUGAGCCGGCGCAAGCCCCGGGCCGUCGAGCUCAAGGACCCCAAGGCCGUGAACCAGGCCAUCCGCGCCGGGGCGGCCGUGGAGGCGGUGAAGAAGUUCGAGGCGGGGACGAACAAGAAGGCUGCGGGGCCGGCGGUGUACGCGCGGAAGCUGGACGAGACGACGGAGCCGGCGGCGCUGGAAAGGGUGGGGGCGGAGGUGCGGCACGCGAUCCAGCGGGCGCGGCUGGCGAAGAAGAUGAGCCAGGCGGAGCUGGCGAAGCUGAUCAACGAGAGCGGCCGGGCGGUGCCUAACCAGGCCGUCCUCGCCAAGCUGGAGAAGGUGCUCGACGUCAAGCUCCGGGGAAAGCUCAAGUGAGGCAUCGGAGAUGGAUCAAGAUUGUGAAUACUUAGUGUAGUAGUAGUGUAUGGUCUUCGUCUCUGUUUUGCGGUUUGAUGUGUGCUUUUGAUGGCCUAUCGAUCAACUAUGCCUGUUUGGUGCAUCAGCUUCACUAUGGAAUGCCGAAAUAAAUGGGCAAAGCAUUCAGCAGUUCUGCUACGCUCGUCAAUCACCUACAGCUUAAUUUCUAUGAAUUAUCA